GUUGCAGAGCGCCAUGUUUCCCACAGUGAAUCUGUAUCAGAGGUAUCCUCAGGACGGGAGGGGGCGGAUGGGUUCAUCGGGUUCAUGUAGUAGAUUGCACGCCUCCUCCCCUUCCAGGUCGGCUGCUUCCCUGGCUCCCUCACUGAAUCAGCUUGCUGCAAUUCAUCGAUGAUGCAAAAUGCAAUGGUUGGUUGCAGUGGCUAAAUAAUCGAACUUGACCUUAAUUUCGAGACACUGCAACGUGAUCAGCUGAUGCCUCCAAACUAGCAGCCAUCUUCAGGUCAUUCGAGGCAUCUGGGAAACUUGUUUCCAAGCUACACGCCAGAUGUUGCGAUAAAGGCGUUCGGGAAUGGGGGAAUCGUGUUGUCCACCUGAGCUGUAUAGAAGCGGAAUCUAAAUCAUGUUGGCCGAUGGAUGUUGCAGAGGAAUGGAGCGAGUCAGGGGUAAGAGUGCGUCAGACUCUUUGCCGAGAGCCACCUAUCCUCAGCAAUAUGUGCAGAUCGGCCCCCAGCAGCAGGGCAGCGACAUUCAGGAGCUCGCCUCCAAACGCGUCGAUAUCCAGAAGAAACGCUUCUACUUGGACGUGAAGCAGAGCGUGCGCGGACGCUUCCUGAAAAUCGCCGAGGUGUGGAUCGGCAGAGGCCGCCACGAUAACAUCCGGAAAAGCAAACUGACUCUGUCCAUGUCGAUGGCGCCCGCGCUCCGUUACUGCCUGGGGGACUUUAUUGACUAUUACGCCCGGAUCGGACUGCGCGUGGGCCUUGCGCCCCAACCGCCACCACUGCUCGACGAGCACAGUGGCAUCGAGCAGGGCCGCGCGCUCGAACCCCGCAGAAGGGUUCAGGAGCCCGCGUCGUCACCCACCGGCUCCGCGGCGUCAGAGGACCACGCGCACCGCGUACUCAAGAGCGAAUUCAUCGAGAGGGACAACAGAAAGUACUUUCUGGACCUGAAGGAGAACCAGAGAGGGAGGUUCCUACGCAUACGACAGACUGUCAGCAAAGGGCACGGCACGAUGGGCUACUACGGCCAGGGGAUCGAACAGACUAUCGUGCUACCCGCACAGGGUCUCAUCGAGUUCAGGGACGCGCUCUCGCAGCUCAUCGAGGACUACGGCGACGACGAGUGCGACGAGCGCGGCCGACCCGCGACCAGGAAUCACGAGGAAAGCAUCCCCGAGCUUCCAGAGGCCGUGUCCUUUCGCGUGGACAACAAGAGGUUUUAUUUUGACGUCGGUUCCAACCGCUACGGCGUCUUUUUAAAAAUCAGUGAAGUGCGGCAGCCGUAUAGAAAUACCAUCACCGUCCCUUUAAAAGCCUGGGCGAAAUUCGGGGAGAAUUUCAUCAAGUACGAGGAGGAGAUGAGGCGAAUUUUUAAUUGUCACAAAGAGAAGAGCACAGACCCUCGGCAGGACAGCGAGGAGCAGGAGGACUGACCGACCUUGGCAAUUCCUCAACUAGUCUUCAAAUCAACAAUGCCUUCAAAAUUGUUUUGGAUUCUCAAAACGGAAGGACAAUUACAUUUCAUUUCCCACAUACCCAAACAAGACUUUGACACUUUACAACAUUUACAGGAAGAAAAUUACAGAAGGGUAAUCUCCUCAUUUCAUGUUUUUAAAGUUAAAGUCCCAAUGAUCGUCACACACGCAUCUGGGUGUGGUGAAAUUUGUCCUCUGCAUUUAACCCAUCCUCGUGUGAUUUUGAUCCAUCCCCUGGGGGAGAGGGGAGCAGUGAGCAGCAGCGGUGCCGCGCUCGGGAAUCAUUUGGUGAUCUAACCCCCCAAUUCCAUUCCUUCAUGCUGAGUGCCAAGCAGGAUUCGAACCCACAACCUUUCAGUCUCAGCUGAAUGUUUAUAAAAAGGAAAUCCAAUUUAAAAAUACUUGAAAUAUGAAUAUAAAUACAUGGUGCUAUAGAUUUUUCACCCCCUCUUCUGAUUUCUGUAUUAAGUUGCUACGUAGAGGAUAGCUCAGGUCAAUAGUGUGAACAUGAUAAGAACACAAGUGAAGGUAAAAUUCUCAUUGAGCUCAUACUCAUUGACUCAUUGAGCGCAUACUGGUUGGAUAAACAAAGUGAGAGCAUAGAAAGGGCUCAAUCUCCUGCUACCGUGGGGGCUAUAUACCUUCGAAAUGUAAAGUUCUAUGUUUAAUGGGGCUAUGUUGUUGGUAUCUCUCUUUCUCUCUCUCUCUCUUUCUCUCUCUCUCUCUCUCAUUCGCUCUCUCUCUCCAUAUUUUACAUAUAUAUAUAGUAUGUAUAUAUAUAGUAUGUAUGUAUAUAUGUAUAUAUAUAUAUGUAUGUCUAUAUAUAUAUAUAUAUAUAUAUAUAUAUAUAUAUAUAUAUAUAUAUAUAUAUAUAUAUAUAUAUGAGCUGAAUGGAAGUCAUAACUAAAGACAGUGGGCCUAACGCUGAUUUAUUUAUUUGGAUUAAACCUCCCAUAUGCUAAUAUGGACCAGUAAAUCGUUAUCAGCAGUAUUUUACUAAUUCUUUAGUUUACUAACUGAUCAAAGGUUGUAAUACAUACAACAAAGCAUAUAUCAAGACAAAAUGAAUCCUCAACCCACUGCGUUGCGUAUAAAAAGCCAGCAUAGGCUCUGUCUUCUUUGGACCCAGCAUUGGAUUAUGUUUUUCAUUUGAGUUAUGACUUUAUGACCCAGCAGUUUAAAAGUGUAAUGAAAGUGAUUUGCUGUGGUGACUCCUGAUAGGUGAAAGUUGCGUCUUCCGCUCAGAAAAUGUUGGUACGCUAUUAAAACAAUUUGAUAAAUAAAUGUGGGUCAAAAAUGGAUGACUUACUAUAAUCAAUUUGACCUUUCUGGAUCGUUUCGCACAAACUAAAAUGACUGCAAAAAAAGCAACACAGAAAAUGGUCUGUCCAUUUUUUUAUGUAUUUUAUUUAUUUAAUGAAAAUUGGUAUCCCAUUAAUUGGUAGCUUGAAUGCAUCAGCAUGGGUAGUUUUUAUCCCUUUGGGUGAAAAUUUUAAUCCUACAUGCUGUAUGAAAUCACCCCUUGAAUCAAAUAAAAUGAAUAACGAAACAAUGGCUUGGCACCUUUCGGACUCAAUGCUGGGUUAGCCAUUUUACCCAAACUGGAUUACUUUAGACGCAGCAAUUUUAAGUGUGUAAGCACCAUUGCAACGGUAAUUAUACUCACACAGACCCUAGCCAAGUUUGAAACGUUAGCAAAAAUAAGAGUAAAUCGUCAAGUGUAGAAUACUUGUUUGAGCAUUUUUUUACAAAUUUCAAAAAAUCGUUUGUCCAGUGUAUUUUGAUGUUCUCUGAUACGUAUCUGAGCAGAAAGUAUUCAGACAUCAUUUUUUAGCUAGGCCAUCUUCCGUUUUCUUGACGUUCGUAUUUUGCAUUUCGGUGAAGCGAGGAAAUAACCUGAUCUGGUGGAAGAAUAAUAUAGUCAGUUGUCAAGAAUAGCUUUAAAAGUUGGGUUAUUUGUUACAGUUAGUCCCGAUUGGUGUAAGCACAGUUGAAUGGGUUUGUUGUGUUUGUUGUGCUGUCUUUUAAGAGUGUGAAGAACAUUUUGGUGAAGGAUUAUAUGAUACAUUUAUUUAUUUUCAUACAAGUGGAACUAUAGAAAGUGAAACUCUAAGCACAAUGUCAUAGAAAAAUACAGAUUGCAAUUUACUUAUUCCAUUAACAAAUUACCGUAUUUUCCGCCCUAUUAGGCGCACCGGGGUAUAAGGCGCACCUUCAAUGAACGGCCCAUUUUAAAACUUUGUCCAUAUAUAAGGCCUAUAAGGCGCAUAAAAUAGAAGCUUUACUGCAACAAACUGAGGUUGACUAGGGUUGCGGUAUGCACCCACUAGCCAAUAACCAACGAGCCCUCUGUAAACAAUUGCGUUUCUAAAACGAUGUCCUAUAAAACGAUUGGAACUGACUAAAGUUCAAUCUAACGCAUUGGUACUACUUACCUAUGUUUCCCUUCCAUAUCGAUCCGUAGAUUUACUCGAAACAUGAACAGAGCAGCCUAUUUUGACAUGAAAUAGCCUCGCGCGUAUAGCAGCUAUCGUUAUAGCAUUAGCCAUCUGCAAUAACCCAUGACCCUCAGCUCGCAAUCACCCAUCAGCCUCAGCAAAGUGUAAACAAUUGCGUCUCUCAAACGAGCUCCUAUAAAAUGAUCAGAACUGACUAAAUUUCGAUCUAACGCAUUGGUACUACUUACCUAUGUUUCCCUUCCAUAUCGAUCCGUAGCUUUACUCGAAACAUGAACAGAGCAGCCUAUUUUGACAUGAAAUAGCCUCGCGCGUAUAGCAGCUAUCGUUAUAGCAUUAGCCAUCCGCAAAAAAACAUGACCCUCAGCUCGCAAUCUCCCAUGAGCCUCCGCAUAGUGUAAACAAUCGCGUCUCUCAAACGAGCUCCGAUAAAAUGAUCAGAACUGACUAAAGUUCGAUCUAUCGCAUUGGUACUACUUACCUAUGUUUCCCUUCCAUAUCGAUCCGUAGAUUUACUCGAAACAUUAACAGAGCAGCCUAUUUUGACAUGAAAUAGCCUCGCACGUAUAGCAGCUAUCGUUAUAGCAUUAGCCAUCCGCAAAAACCCAUGACCCUCAGCUCGCAAUCUCCCAUGAGCCUCAGCAAAGUGUAAACAAUCGCGUCUCUCAAACGAGCUCCUAUAAAAUGAUCAGAACUGACUAAAGUUCGAUCUAACGCAUUGGUACUACUUACCUAUGUUUCCCUUCCAUAUCGAUCCGUAGAUUUACUCGAAACAUGAACAGAGCGGCCUAUUUUGACAUGAAAUAGCCUCGCGCGUAUAGCAGCUAUCGUUAUAGCAUUAGCCAUCCGCAAUUUUCUAUGACCCUCAGCUCGCAAUCUCCCAUGAGCCUCAGCAAAGUGUAAACAAUCGCGUCUCUCAAACGAGCUCCUAUAAAAUGAUCAGAACUGACUAAAGUUCGAUCUAACGCAUUGGUACUACUUACCUAUGUUUCCCUUCCAUAUCGAUCCGUAGAUUUACUCGAAACAUUAACGGAGCAGCCUAUUUUGAAAUGAAAUAGCCUCGCGGGUACAACAGCUAUUCGGCGACGCCCCCUGACUACAGUUACCGUAAUGCUGGGAAGCGAUGCGACCUUGUAAUUUACUAGUCGUACUAAAACGUACUAAAACAUUUUGGCAGAGCACUGUGUACAACCAGUAUGGAUCAACAAAUUCAUCACUUGAUCCAUAUAUAAGGCGCACCGGACUAUAAGGCGCACUGUUGACUUUUGAUAAAAAUUUAGGUUUUUAGGUGCGCCUUAUAGGGCGGAAAAUACGGUAGUUGAAUUUAGUGAAUUUGGUUCUGAGGCAAGUUGUAAAACAUGCCGAUUUUUUGCCAAUAAUUAAUGCAAAGAUUUGUGUUCAUUUUCUAGUGACUAGUACAUGAAUUUCUUGAAAAUUGCCCUGGAAUCUGUUGCUUGAAUUACAGAUAUGCUUUAAAAAAGCACUUUAAAUGAAAGUUGCACUUUUUGUGUUCUACUGUUUUGUAAUCAGUUAAUCUAGUGGAACUACUUCUAUUCAUGUCUUGCCAACCAUGGAUCUAAAACUGUAAGACUCUGAUGAGCUGCUCUUUAAAACAACUGUAUUCUAAUUUGACUCAAUAGAAUUCCCCCAUUUUGUGUAAAUUAAAUAAGAGUAGAAGUCCAUUUGGAAGACAUAGUAUAUUAAAGCAGCAGAUAAUGUGACUUUACAUUCAUUAAUACUAUUUCUUAUUAUUAGAUGUCAUAAUAAAAAAAGAAUCAAAAUAUAAUAAUUAUAUUUGUGAACUGGUCAACUAAGGUAACUUAGUAAUCAUUAUGAAUUAAAAGUGUCUGCAUUGUUACUUGGCAAAAUACUGCUGCCUUUUGAAUGUUUUGUUGUCUUUGUCUUUAGAGGGAGGAGACAGGGUUAAUUCUUUGUUUUACGCGGUUCGUGCUUGUAACACACAUCUUCCAAGUGUUGGAAAGCACCACAUAUGUAAAUCAAUGUGGACUACCUCAAGACUUCAAAGGACAACAUUACAUUUUUACCGAUGAGCAUGUUGAAUGGUGUCCGAAACCAUAAGCUUAUUCGUCUUUGGAAAUGGCACUGCAUGUGCUGCUUCCAUUAAAAAAAAAAAAGAAAAGCGACACAGCUACUUCCAAAGCAUGCCGUAAGCAGUCUGAUUUAUUUGGGUUUUCCUUUUACUAUUUGGCUCAAGAAAAACCAAAACCUCAGAGCUUAUACUGUAUAACAAUCAAGUGUAUUAAAGAAUGUGUUCAGCUGCCAUCAAAGUAUUCACAACUUUGAUGGCUGAGCGCAAAUAAGUAACAAAUGCAUACAAAAAGAGCAGACUACUAAUAAAUGUGUGACACACUAUGAAUAUGCGUUGCAUAAAAUGUCUAAAUAUGGUCCUGUUAGAGAUGAUUCAUCCCAAAUGACAGCUUCUUCUGUCUCCUACUGUGUUUAUUCAGUACUUGACAGUUUUGUUUAGUUGUGUUUACACUAAAUGAGUGAUAAUAACAAUCACUGUUCAUUUAUAUAGGUGUGAAAACUUGAAAUAUUUUGUUUUAACACUAAUGACUAUACUUAAGGGUGCAAUGAACAUAUAGAAUAGGUGUCAGUGACAUCACGAAUGCUAGAGAAGAUGAGUGAUGCAAAGGACUCAAAAUUUGUGUUUGGUUAAGGCCAGAAGGGACAGAGAUCAUUCUUAAGGUAUCAAGAUUCCUGUUGGCAUUAUGGUCACAAGAUUUUCAGACAGUGAUGAAUAACACAAAGGAAAAUCUGGACUUAUAACAAAGAUGUUUCCAACCCCAAUGCCUUAAAGUACCUUCACAAUGCGACUGUAUAAUUGAUUUUCAAUGUGUGUGUUUUUUUUAGUUGGGAACAAUGAAGUCCACUGAGGUAUAUUGUUCUGAUUGUGUUAUUUCUAUGAAUUUGGACAUGACCAUGGUAUUUUUGGAUGAAAAUGAUCGUCUAACAAAUUACACAAAAAAGGUGACAAAGUGUAAAUGUAUUUGUGCUUGUCAUGUGAAUGUUUGUGUACUGAAGAAGUGAUAGUUUGCUGUUUCAAUUUGCUCUCUCUGCAGUUCUGGAGUAAAUAACUUAAGAGAUAAGUUGGGGUUUUGUUUGAAAGUCAAAUGACCUGAAUAACAUGGUAAGCUGUGUACAUUUUAGGUAAUUGUUACAUAUAUCAGUGUGACCUGUUGUCCUUUAGAGUAUGACAUAAAAAAAAUCUAACUAGUUUUGUACUGUACUAGUUCAUCAACUCUAUGUAAGGUACUUUAUCAGUAAUCAUUACUUGCCUUGUAAUGUUUGAAAUAAAGCUAUGUUUAGAAAUGGUAACUGAAACAGCAAAAUUUUAGAGUGUAUGCAUGCCAUUGGUUGGGUCCUAGUAUAAAAGAAAAAUUAUAUGGGGGAAAAAAUGGUGCUAUGUUACAUAUAUAAAGGUGCUUAUUUGGACCCAAGCUAAAUGCAUGCCAAGAGGAGCUAUCAGACUAGAAAAAAAUAAUUUGAUGUCUCACUGCUGUUUCCAAAUAGUCACAUCCACAUCCCAAACAUUUGUAUUUGAAAAGAUCAGUUGGAAGUUGGACGUUUGUCGGCCGUAAGGUUAAAUGUUGAAAACAAUGACAUGUCUACGUAACAGUUGCAUAGCCUUUGUGCCUGCAGCCUAGAAGACAGACAAUCUUGUAUUUUUUCUGUUUAUAUUUUUUAAUGUUCUCUAUUAUUUAGAUGGUUAUGUGUUGAAGUAUGGUUUAAUGUAGCAAAAUAUAGGAAACAUUAAAUUCGUCUUAUCAUUGUUCUUUGAGUUGGGAAAACAAAACAAAUGUGGAAAAAAGCUACAUAUUUUUAUUGGUUUAACUAUUUUUUUCUUCAAUAAAACUUUUUCCAAAAGUA